ACACAUGCGGUCCCACUGCUGUGUGUAGUGUCUUUGCUGUCUGUCACAUAUUUGUACACACCUGUGUGCACUCCACUUUGCAUGUUCAGUCACACUAGCAUCUCACAACUUCCCUGCCACCCGUUUCUUGGACGCACAUCUUCCUUCAGCCCCUUUCUUGCAGCUCACACCAGCACAGUCCUGCUUGCACAUAGUGUUCCUCAUCUCUCACGUGUGUGUGUGUGUGUGUGUGUACACAGAGCCCAACACAUCCCUGAGAAUCGCACAGGAUCCUUCUCUCCCACACACAUACUCAGCACACCCAGUUUGCCACAGUAUCAGGGAGUCCUCUACUGCCUCUGCUCAUGCACAGAGGCUCUGUGGAGUCUCUUCACCCUUUUCCUCACACAGAGGAUUAUCUGCCACCUCUCUACCAUAAAGUCCAUCUUCUUUUUCAUCACUACUCUCACAAGCAGGCCAUGGCUCUUUGAGCCACACAGACAUAUCCAAGCAACCAGUUGUCUUUACAAAUCCAGCUUUCCUGUACACACACCCCCACAGGAUCACCCUGCAUGGCACAUCUGUGCAGAGUGGUGCUGCCUCUGCUCCUAGGACAAGUCAGUUCUGCUUCACACUCACUUCCACAGGGCAUCUGCUGCCUUUUACACAUGCAAGUGCAGUAUGGUCACCUUCUUUCAUGUUCUGUCACCAUACACUAGUGGUGAAGCCACCUGGUACCUGACAGACACACAAACACUUCAGGGCUGUAGGUUAUCAUGGGCCACCUGUCUUACACAGGUAAAUACAUGGAGCUGUAUGUAUUUUGUACAUGUAUUUUUCAGCUUCAUGUUACCUGUCACACACACUGCUCCCCAUUUUUUAAUUUUGCUUAGUUUCCUCCUCUAGUUUCUGUUAUACACAGAAGUGCCCUGUUCAUUCAGGCUCUUCACAGUAUAUUUGAUCCAAAUUCCAGCACCAUUUCCUACUUGUUAGUUCCUUACACCACACAGACACCUGCUCUCCAGCAUGUUCACAUACACUCUUACCUGCACAGUGCCAUCCUCCCCUGUGACAUGAACGUGGUCAGUGGUCCCAUGGGCAGGACAGAGCCUAGAGCCACUGUGGGACGCGAUUCCAGGUCUUCCUCUGAGUGCUGCCCUGGUAUCUCCAGGGUUGUGCAAGGCAGAUGCAGCUCUGCAGAUCCCUACUGCAGCUCCACGGGGCAGUGUCACCUGCCACAUGCCACCCGGGGUUGUGCCACACCUAUGUACCCACAGCGCUGGCCCAGCCUUCGCUUGCACCUGGAGAAGGAGCCUGCCACCUUCUCCCCUGCUCCUUAUAGCAAUGCUCAGUUUGUUGCUGUAUGUUUCUGAGUGGCUUUUGUCCUUCUGUGAAGCUCCCUGUUCUCUGAAAUUCAUGCUGUCUCUUGGGUUCCACUUUGCAGACUGUUGAGCCUGGUUCAUGCAUGCCUGCUGGUUUUGAGUGGCAUCGACCUCUUAAAUGCAUCUUCUUUUUGAAGUCUGGAGCCCUAUAUGGAUGAAAACUUUGUUUCAAGAGCCUUUGCCACCAUGGGAGAGCUUGUACUGAGUGUAAAAAUCAUUCGAAACAGGUUGACAGGAAUUCCAGCAGGCUAUUGCUUUGUGGAAUUUGCAGAUCUCGCUACUGCAGAGAAAUGUUUACACAAAAUCAAUGGAAAACCACUUCCUGGUGCUACACCGGCGAAGCGAUUUAAAUUGAAUUAUGCAACAUAUGGAAAACAGCCUGAUAACAGUCCAGAAUAUUCCCUUUUUGUGGGAGAUCUGACCCCCGAUGUGGAUGAUGGGAUGUUAUAUGAAUUUUUUGUUAAAGUCUAUCCAUCGUGUAGAGGUGGAAAAGUUGUUUUGGACCAGGCAGGAGUAUCCAAAGGUUACGGGUUCGUGAAAUUCACGGAUGAGCUGGAACAGAAAAGAGCACUGACAGAGUGUCAGGGAGCUGUGGGGUUGGGCUCUAAACCUGUACGCUUGAGUGUGGCUAUACCAAAAGCCCAGUAUUACCAACAGUAUCACAGCUACUACGCUCAGUGGGGGUACGACCAGAACACGGGCAGUUACAGCUACAGCUAUCCCCAGUAUGGCUACACGCAGAGCACCAUGCAGACAUAUGAAGAAGUUGGUGAGGAUGCAUUGGAAGAUCCUACGCCUCAGUUAGAUGUCCAUGAAGCAAACAAGCAGUUUAUGGAACAGAGCGAAGAGCUCUACGAUGCUUUGAUGGACUGUCAUUGGCAGCCUUUGGACACUGUCUCAUCAGAGAUCCCAGCUGUGUUAUAGCCUCGUUGCUGAGGCAUUGUGUCUGAGACAUCCUGCCAGUGUGCUCUGGACUGUUACACUGCCCCUGGAUCCUGCAAUAGUGAGGGGUGGCCCUUUCCCCACCCAGGUCUGGUACUCGGAGUACAGGAGGCCUGUGGCCUUUCCUGUAGAGAAUAAGUAUUGUAGGAACAUCACGGUAACCUUUAUUCAUGGUGAAAAUUAGAACUGCAACAGUUUUAUUCCCUUUGUCUUGAAAUGAACUCUUAAUACUUACUGGAAAUUGUAAUUUAUAAACUUUCAACAAGAUGGCACAGGGGAGAGACUCUACUCCAUCAAACAAUAAAAGAGUUGGUCUUUUAAGUAAAAUUACCCUUUGCAUUUUGGUUCCUGCCCAUCUUUCUGUUUUGCUGCCCAUUGAACUGUCUUAAGUCAUUUAACCCAAUGCUCAUGAAUGUGUUAUUUCAAAAAAGAUCAUUGUUGGACACCACUAAAAUGUCUCAAAAUCUUUCCAGUGACUGAGUAGAGUUGCUGUAACUUAAGCAUGGAUGAAAUCUUAUGUUGUGGUUAACUUUAGCUGUGAUCUUGAGCUUGCAAGUUUGAUGUUCUUAAGCAAUCAACCCAAAGAGCACUUUGGAGAGCAAAGACAGAAAGGAGUGUUACAAAGCUACAGAUUGAUGCCUUUUACCUGGUGAUCUCUUGCACACCUGGCCUGCGUCCCCACCGUGUAUGAGGAAGUAAUUCCCCAUCAACCAGCAGCUUAAAACACUUUUUCCAGCAGCCAUAUUUAAAUGCUAUUUUGUGUAUCAUGCCUUUAUUUCUUUUUUAUUGUGGACACACCGUGAUGAUCUCAUUGAGAUGUUGAGAUUUUGUAGUGUCUUCCACUGUCCAGUCAGAGUGAAACUGAAGCUCUUGCAGCAAAAACGGGUCAGAGAAAUUGCACUGCUGUAUUGUGCAACAAAUGGCUGUUAACUUGGAAAGUGGUUUUCUACUGGAUGUUGUAUAAGCUGGAUGGACAAGCAAUAUAUUUAAGCUGAUAUGUUGCAUUAGAGCUGAAAGCAAAAAUAAUAGCACUUACAUACAUGUUAUAAGCCCUUAUUCAGGCUUUUGUGCCUUAAACUUUUGGGGAAAUAGGAACAGAGAAACUACCUGUAAUAAAUGUCUAUCCAAGGAAUAGUUUGGUAACUGAAAUUGCUACUGCAGAGCAUUUCGUUGCCUCCCUGCCCAUGUUGAUGCAGAGAUUUGCCACAAAAUUUAAAUACUUCGAUAAAGCUACUUCUAUUACAUCUUUGUUUGUGUCCAUAA